AUUGGUUAGCGUAGGUGGAAGUGCUACAAACGGUGUCAUUCACAAAGUAACAAGAAUCCAUUACAAUUGUGAUAAAGAAUGCAAUUAACUUUAAUACAGUAUUGAGUUCUUGUUUUCAUCGGCAGUUUUCCACAAGGUCUGUUUGCAGUUGGAGUGAAACCAAUCCGGAGACGUAUUUGCCUUUUCUUCACUUAUUUAUCAAGAGAUCACAGUUCAAGAUUUUUUAAAGUUAUAUGGUUUCAAAAAUGUCAUCUAAAAUGGCGGGCUCAAACAACCUAGUACAUGCUAAGAGGAUGGUUCAACAACUGAGAGUUGAGGCCAGUAUUGAGAGGAUAAAGGUAUCUAAGGCCUCAGCAGAUCUCAUGCGCUACUGUGGUGAACACGCCAAAUACGACCCCCUUCUCAUGGGUAUCCCUGCCUCAGAAAACCCCUUCAAGGACAAAAAGCCCUGCACUAUAUUGUAGUGGAACCUGCACUACAAGUAUCUUAUUUAAUUACUUCUACUCAACUUUGCCUUAAGUCCAACUCCUAGCUUCUUAGUAUAACUUUGUGCCAUGUCUUAACUAUAUUUAACUCUUACAGUAUGUCUUACUGUGAAUAAACAUCAACCAGUACUAGUUAAUUGUCAACUUGGUGAUGAUUAGCAUCAUGCAGCUAUUUCAUCUUGUCUUAACCAGCAUCCUUGUGUUCAGUUUAGUGGUCUCUUAACAGUGUUAACUUCCUUUUCCCACCAAAUAGUGCCAUUAGUUACACUUUGUGGUUGAAAUAGGGAAGUAGCAUGUCACUUUAUGAUUUAAAGAGCUUGCAGCUACACAGACUAACAGAUUAAAUGUCCCAAAGGUCUAAAUAGACAUGUUGUUCGUUUCUAGUAGCAGCUAUAUGUCUUCAUAGCAAAGGGACUGACAUAAAGAUAUUGAAUUAAAGGAUAUUUAGGAGGGAUCCAUAUAUCUAAUUGGAUAGUGAAUAAGACAUGACUUCAUGGUUUAUUGUAAUUGCCAUUGGUCAGGUGCAUGCUAGGUGAAUAAAGCAAUAUAGAAAAACGUACAUUACAAAUACUGAUUAGUUCUCAGUGGAAUGCAAUACCAUCAUGUGUGAAACAUUUAAAGAAAAGUUACUAGAGUGAUUCCACUGGUUUAUGAGAAAAGAGAACUCAUUCCAUUAUCCUGCACUUUCAAACCCAUGUGCCUUAGUUCAUUAAUAGAACCAUUCCUUGGCUUAUUGAUUAAAGAAUUACAGCUGUAUUAAAAUGAAAAGAGCCUUUUUGUCCAUUGACCCAGCGUAAAUUUGUUUAAUUUGUUUUUUUCUUUAGAUAUGCUAGAUUUUAAAUGCAAAUAUGCCUUUUCUUUCUGUCUCAACCAUUGUAUGGCAACAACAUAAAAAAGACCACUGCAGUUUGAUGCCACUAUUUGAUCUUGUCUAUGAAUUAAAUGUAUAUAUUAAAACUUAAGGCAAUCAUGAAACGUUUAAUGACACUGCAAUGUAGGUUUCAUUUUAGAGACAACAGAGAGUUAUGCAGUAUUUGUGAUCUUAUAAUACUCUUCACAAUCAAAUCCCUCUGACCUUCCUCUCUGUGAAGAAACAAGUCUCCUUUUUUCUCUUUUUGGUUGUUUUUCCUUUUCUGUAUCUUUGUAAGCCUUCAUAACAUACUAUACAGACUUUACCUUGAACAUUGAAAAAAGAUUUUAUUAAAAU